AAGACAAGUGCUAUAUAUAUACGAGGUAGUAGUGUACAGUGGACAAGCAGACGUUGAGAAGUCUCAUUGUGGUGUGCUUCGACGUUACAACAUGAGAACUGCGGUCAUUUUCUUCCUGGGCUUGUGCCUUGUUGGCCUCGUCUACUCGGCUGACGUGCCCAGUGCUAAGGCUCCAGAGCCUGCAGACAAGAAGGAAACUGCAACUGGAAAACCAGAGGACAAAAAGGACGGCAAGACAGAAAAGGUUGAAGGCCGUGGAGGUUUCGGCUUUGGAGGGCCAGGCCUCGGCUUCGGUGGCGGAUACGGUGGUGGAUACGGUGGUGGAUACGGAGGUUACCCACUGUACGGUGGCGGAUACGGAGGCCUAGGUGGCUUCGGUGGCCUUGGUUACGGUGGUCUUGGCUAUGGUGGCCUCGGAUACGGUCGCUACGGGGGUGGUUAUGGAGGUUUCGGUUCCGGUGGUGGAUAUGGACAGAGUGGCUACGGAUACGGAGCUGGUGGAUCGCACAAGAAGCUGUUCGGGCAGACCCAGUCAUAUGGCCAUUCAUCAACGUUCGGGCUCUCUGCUGGUUCUGGAGGUUCGUACGGCGGCGGUCAGCAGGGCUACGGAGGAGGCUUUAACAAGGGAGGCUAUGGCAACUAUGGUGGCGGCUAUGGCGGAGCCGGCUACGGAGGAGUCGGAGGAGGCUACUAGAGUCAUUCAAGCGCGGUGAAUGGUUCCGACGGUAAAGUCAUAGCAGGUGUACAUCUUUGAUUCCCAACGACUAUCUCUGUGAGGAACAUCAAUCUGGGGAAUGUUCUACUUCUUCGACCAAAAAGGACCGCUAUUAUGCAACUCCAAGCUCUCCCUGCUCACCCCAACUCUCCUUCUACGCCGAUACAUCUCUAUGUGAAACUGUAAAUAAAGUCUCGCACACCA